GUGCAGCCGCUGCUGAAGACAAAGUACGCAGUGCUCAUGCACAACGACGCGUACCCUCUGGAGCGCGAUUUUGCGUGCGAGAUGUACCGCGCCCUCGAGGCGAACCCGCACUACCCCAUAGCGGCUCCGCAGAUCUACGAGACCGCGGCAGAGGGGGUCAUCGUGCCCCACGGGCACCACCAGAACCUGCACGCCCGGCCGUCCGCGUCCGGCCAAGGUCUGCGCAUCGACUACGACCUUAGCCUGCACCUGCUGACUCAGCGUAAGCCUGAGGAUUUCAGCGAGGGGCCUCAGGUCGACUUUCUGGAGGACCACGCCUUCUUCGCGAGGUCCGACAGGUUGUCUGGGAGGCUCGGCUGCGGACAAGAGGGGCCUGCCACGUCGGUACACCUGGUGACUGUAUCCGACAAGUCCUUCAUCUCCGAGGCUGUAGGGGUGUUCAUUCUUUCCAUCCACUCCACGCAGGGGCACUGA